UUGACGUCGGCGUUGUCAAGUAAAAAGUAAAUAAAUAAUAAAUAAUAAUUUACUGUGAAUUUACAUUUUACAUAAAUCAUUCUUUGUUGGGAUUUGGGAAUAAUUAUUUUAUUUAAUUUAUAUCUUAGCUAUGGAUUUUAAAAUUGAAAUUAAAAAAGAAUUUGUUGAAUAUACAGAAAGCCAGAUAUGCACAUCAAUAGAUCAGAGAGAUUUGAAAAAUGAACUAGAGGAAGAAUACUCAGAUAAGAUAGGUCCGGAAGUAAAAGUAAAAAUUAAGGAAGAGUUGGUAGAAUGUGACCAAGGGCAUCUAGAGAGUCAGCUAUCCACUUCCAUGGAUCUUGAAGAAUUAAAAAGUGAACUAGAUGAAGAUAACUCCGAAAACAACAUUCGACCCAAGUAUCAAAGAACUUCAACCAGAAACAGCUGGAGUGAGACAAGUAUGGCCGAGGCUGUUCGCAAAGUACUAGAUGGAACUAUGGGUUUCAAGAGAGCAGCCAACUCCUACGGAGUUCCAAAAUCUACGCUAGAAAGGAAAGUCAAAAAAGCUCAUACAAAUGCAUUGGCACCUGAAGCGGCAGCAGUGAAAAAGUUGGGAAGAUAUGAGACAGUGUUCAAUGCUGAACAAGAAAAACAGCUUGUUGAGCAUGCUUUGACUCUAAAAGAGAGGUUACUUGGCAUAACUCUAACUGACAUACGAAUGCUGGCGUUUGAGUUAGCUGAGAGAAACAAUAUUAAACAUAAAUUUAACACAGAAAAAAGAAUGGCUGGAAAGUUUUGGUUGUAUUCGUUUCUUCGCAGACAUAAGGAACUUAGCUUCCGAAAUCCAGAACCCACGAAGGUGACCCGAGCAAAAGGGAUCGAUCGCACUGUAGUUAACACGUUAAUCACCAGUUAACACGUUAAUCGCCACGCGGCAUUCACAGUGUGCUGCACUAGAAAAUUCACAGCAGUUAUGCCGCAUGUCGUUCCAAUGUAUUUUGUUUCGUGUGAUUUUUAUCAUACCGCGGUUGCUAUACAUUUAUAUUGGAGUAAUAAAUAUGUGGCCUGGCAGACAUAAGUCGCUCACUUCCCCAGAAUUUCAAGUUUCGGUUACAAAAACUCAGUAUACAUGCGGAUAUGUUUCUUUUUUUCCUAUAUCGUAAGAAAAUUGUAUAUGAUUUGAAUGUUUGUGUAUUAGAAAAAACCAAACACAUUCUAUAUAUAAUCAUCUUCGAGUUUUCGCCCCAUAAAUUGCCAUAUUGCCAUGAAAUGAAAAAACGUUGUUCUUCCUCAUAACUUAUUUUUCAACUCUCUAUAGCACUAUGACAACUACACACGCCGAAAAUACGAUUACAAAUGAUCAAACAGUGUAAAAUGUAACAUGGAAAUCCACGAAUAGACAGGUUGUAACAGAAAAGUGCGGCACUUGCCGCAUGGCAAGUCAAGAAAAAUAUUUCUUUAGGUUCUGUUGCACUUAAGCUGUGCCGCAACAAAAAACAGUAAACAAUGUUUUAUUGGUAAAAUAUUAGUUGCGUUCGAGGGUACCUGAUUUUGUCAGAAAAUUGGAUAAAUUGUCAGAAAACGCAUGCGCACUUUAAAAUAAUAUAAAUAUUAUCGUUAAUAGAUAAAUAUACAAGGUAUAUUUACCCAGUAUAAUUUAAUAAUUAGUUAUUAAUAUUAAUUAAAUGUAAAUAUACCUUGUAUAUUUAUCUAUUAACGGUAUUAUUUAUAUUAAGUGAGGUUAGAAAUUGUCAGCGACAAUUUGUCAACUGUACCCGCGAACGCACUUAAUACUGCAACUUCUCUGAAAUAUAUUUAGACAACUAAAUAUUGGUGUGGAUUUAAAAAAUCGCGAGGUGGCCUGGGGGAUUAUUUUUUUUUAGUUAACUGGCGAUUAACGUGUUGGGUCAACCUGUGGACUACUCUUGUAAAUUCAAAAAGAAAUAUCUUAUAAAAGGUACGCUGCAUUUCAGUAGAAAGUUCAUUUUUGUUUGUAAUUUGUAAUUUUUAUAUUUUUGCGAAAUUUUGGAAUGUGUUUAAUACGUAGAACAAAUCUAACAUUUGUAAAAGGAAGUUUUUGUUUUUAUGUGAUUCAGAGUUGGACCACCAUCUCCUGAUAGCUAUUGCUGCCUCUCAGGCAUCCUCGGUGGAGCCAUGCAGUCACAACUCUGAAUCAAACAUUAACAAGCCUGCCGUAUUUAAGGGAAAUCACCGCGAUGCAAUAAUUCCACAUUUGAGACGCAAAACAGCGACAUCUCUCGUAAAACGAGGAAGACGAAAAGCCCUAGAUACCAAGUUUACUACAAUUAAACAAUGAAAAUAACUGAAAUAAAAAUAAUAAACAAUAUUUUAAACCUAAGACUUUUCGUUAAGAAACUGCUUUCUGGCUGCAUACCGUAUCUCUGGCUAUUACAAUGUACAGUGUGUCCAAUUAAGUCGGCAUCAUAUGGGAAACUUUUUUAUUCUUCGUUUUAUGAAAAAGUUAUUUUUUAUAAAAAGUUGUGCAUGGUCUAAAACUUACAAUACAACCAUCAGAUAUCAAAUUUUAUUAAUAUUAUACGAGGUAUGUCAAAAAAUAUGAAUUUCGCUCAAGAGUAAAGUAGCUCUAUUUUUCACAAUAUUGAAAAUUGUUAAUAUGAAAAGUUGUUUGGAAUUAAGAACCAUAUUCUAAUAUGCAAUUUCAUCAUUCUAAUUGAAAAAUUUUUUUUAGAAUUUUUCUUAAAUUACGAAUAACCAACAUUAUUUUCAGUUGUUUCAAUUAUGAUAACUCUUUUAUUAUUAAUUUUACGAAAAAAGUUAUUCUUUAUAAAAUGUUCUGCAUGAUCUAAAACCUAAAAUACAACCAUCUUUUUUCCAGUUUUAUCAAUUUUAUACAUGGUUUGUCAAAAUAUAUGAAUUUCGAUCAAAAGUAAAUAAAAGUACCUUUUUUUUCACAAUAUUGAAAGUUGUUAUAAAAACUUGUUUAGAAUUAAAAUCUAUGUUCCAAUAUGUACAGUGGAACCCCGAUAAGUCGGCUCCCGAUAACCCGGAAGUCUGGCUAACCCGGACCGAUUUUCAUCAGACAAACAUUUCAACAAUAAAAAUGUAUGUAAUAUAAUAUUUGAGAGAUAAUGUGUAUUUGUGUAAUUUGAACUAUACGAUAGUAAAAAUGACUCAUGGCACACGGCGCGCGGCGGCAGAGCGACGUUCAUUGUCUCGGAUUAUCGGAAACAACAGGCACCUGUAUUCCUUUAUUUAUUUCAAACUGUCUUAGCAUUGUUAAAAAAAAAUAAAAGACUAUUUAAACAAUUAUUUUUUUAAACAAUGGUCUUAGUCUAUACUGUUCACCGUAUACCGUAUUUUAUUCAUUUUUACCAUAUUCUCCGGCUAACCCGGAUUUUCGGUAACCCGGAUCGGCCGCGGUCCCUAUCCGAGUUAUCGAGGUUCCACUGUAAUUACAUCGUUCUAAUUGAAAUAUUCUGAACUCUAAAAGUACUGUACUCUUGAUCGAAAUUCAUCUUUUUUCACAUACCUCGUAUAAUAGUCAUAAAAUUUGAUAUCUGAUUGUUGUAUUUUAAGUUUUAGACCAUACACAACUUUUUAUAAAGAAUAACCUUUGUCCAUAAAACUAAGAAUAAAAAAGUUUUCCAUAUGAUGCCGACUUAAUUGAACUGGUAUAAGCACAGAGACGACGAAUAUAGAAGAAAGCAAAUAAAGGACACGGUCACGUAUUUACCUUCUUUACAUUUGUGUUUAAUAAAGAUUUGAGUUCUGUACAAAUAGUUUCUCAUGAAUUUUGGUGUAAAAUAAUGAGGGAAGCAGGAAUUCAACAAUUUAGAAUUUCCCAUUGAGUUUUCUAUGUCCCGUUUGACGAUUCACCACUCGGUAUACUGUUACUGUGGACAGUUUCCUGUAUAUAAUUUUAGAUGUAGGUAGUAAAUUUAAAUGUAUAUAGGUAGCAAUUAUUAUUUAAUUGAAGUGUUAUCUACUGAAUAAAUUAGCUGUCAUGUGCUAAAUAAAUAAAAAAAUGCAUUUUUUGUCAGA